AUGGAGGAACGUAAGAAGCUGCGUUUUGAUCAGCUGAAGAAACUAAACGACAUGAAGAUCUCGAUGAUGUACAUCGAGUGGUACAAGAAGACGAGCAAGGAGGAGAAGAUCGGUUACUACGACCGGUUCAAGAACAGAGUCGCGUCACCGUUCGACAUAGACGUGGAGAAGCGGAAGAGAGAGCUGAACGAGUACUGGAGAUCGAUGGUUGAAGAAGUGGAGAAGAAGCCUCAGAGCGAGAAAUCUAGACUCAAGACUCGGUGUCUCUUCGCCGGGAACAACUUCAGACGAAUGAUCGAGCCGCUCGACAUUGCUGAGUAUUACCUCGGUGGUGGGAGAGAGUACCGGACCUCGGGGAGGUCUCGACACUAUGUCAUGCUGGAGAAAUGGUUCAAGGAGGAGAAGAUAGAGCCGGUUCGAUGCGAGAAGAGAGACUUGACUCAUUUCUUGACGUUUGAUUCUUGUUUCUGGGCUGAAGUUGAGGAUGCUGUGAUUGUAGUGAAUGCGUUGAAGACAAAAGCGGGGAUGAGAGACGAGGAGUUGACGAGAAAGCUCGUGAGGUUUGAGGAAUACGUUUGGGGGAUGAUCGGAAAACGUGAGGUUUCGCCGGAGAUAUUCUUGGAGAAGAGCAGUUUCAUGAAGUGGUGGAGAGAGUACAAGGAGAUGAGAGAAAGAAGGGAUGGGUUUAGUAACUCUUCAGCUUCUUCAGGCUUCACCAAGUUUAUGAACACUGGGAGGUACGAGACUUAUGGUCGUCAGUUUGCUGGGGAAGAAUGA